CACACCCUGCAAUAAAUGACACAACAACUUUGUCUGUCUCUCUCUCUUGUCCUGAAGACGACAUCAGGCGAGGACAUGCGUGAUUUCACCAAAGUGCUGAAGAACAAAUUCCGAUCGAAGAAGUACUUUGCCAAACAUCCUCGGCUGGGUUACUUACCAGUCCAGACAGUUCUCGAGGGCGACAACAUGGAAACUCCCGUCACCCUCAUCAGCAUGUGUCCGGAGCAGUAUGAGCUUCCACAGUCACCUCAGCUCUCUCAUGAUGACACCCACUCCAGGAUAGAGCAGUAUGCCAGCAGGUUGGCCCAGAUGGAGCGCUCCAACGGCUCCCUGCCCACAGACAGCAGCUCAGCCACAGGGAGCAUGGACGACGAGCAUGCCCUGAUCCUGCAGUACUGUCAGGCGCUGGGAGGGGAGGGCUCCCCCUUCAGUCAACCACAGAGUCCGGCCCAGAUCCUGCAGGCCGUGGAGAGGGAGGAACGGGGCGAAAUGGAGCGGAUCAUAGCUCGCUUGGAGGAGGAGCAGAGGAGCCUGCAGAGGGAGUAUGAGCAGCUAAAGGAGCAGCAUGGCCAGCGAGGAGCCCCUGCUGGAAGCCCCUGGGACUCUGAGGGUUCUUUUGCCCAUCCGGUUGAGGCCGAUCUUCUAGCUGAGGCCAAGCUGCUUCGACAACACAAGGGCCGGCUGGAGGCCCGCAUGCACAUCCUGGAGGAACACAACAAACAGCUCGAGUCUCAGCUCCACCGCCUCCGGCAGCUACUGCACCAGCCGGAGAUGGACUCAAGGGUAAAUGGAGUGUCCUCUCCAACUGUGCAAGGUCCAGGUCCACUUACUGAAAACUCAGAUGAGCUGCUGGACCACCACAGCGGCUCUGACCUGGCAGAUGUAAUGGAGCAGAUUAACAACUCCUUCCCUGCAUGCAGUCCCUCAAGCCUCUCCUCAAGACCACAGGUGAUGUGAGGACAGUCCCAACAGACAAUGGCGUGUGUGUGUGUGUGUGUGCACACAUGGGAGUGUGUGGGCACACAUGGGAGUGUGUGGGCACAGCAAGACCAUUCCUAAACAAACAAUCCCCCCGACCCUAAAUCCCAAAGACGCAAAGGACCAGACAACUUAACUACUUUUACCACCUUGUCUUGUACUAUGCAAACUGUACAUUUUAUGAACUGUAGAUUGUACCUGAACUUGGUUCAACAUUUGUCAGUGAUUUGUUUAGAUACGCAGAUGAGUAUAUGGACACGGGGCUGUGUAUAGUAAAACAUGCUCUUUUUUUUCAGAGGGCAGUUUGAAAUUUGUGUUUCGUUCUUUUUAAUUGUGCCCUCACUGGGAAUCUAACUGUUGGGUUUCAUGUCAUUCCACAGCUUUGUACUCUCCAGCCCCCAGUUGCAGUUAUUUGUCUGUUUGGAAGUAGACACAGGUUUCCAUGUUUGGCAGCACGCACAGUUCCUGAGUAAUAACAUCUAGUGGCCGAAAGGAUCAUUUAAAAAAACUGUCACUUAUCAAAUCGUCUGUUUUGUUUUGAAGAUCUAUCAUGUAGCAUGCUUGAUGUCAAGUUCCCCUUUAAAGCAUUGAUAUGCCGGCAGACUUUUGUGUCGAAUGCGAUUUGAUGUAAACUUUACCCCUUUUGUGCCUAUACUGUUCCACGUGUGGAAGACAAGAGUUGACAGUCGAUGAAUGAUAGUGGAAUUGUGUAUAAAGAGAGACUUUUUGGAGAAUAAAAAUUUCAAUUUAAAGUUGUUUGGGGUUGUAAGAGGCCCUCCGUCAUUAUCUAGAAUAGUUUUUUUAAAAGAUAUAUGUUCAGAAAUCAGAGGAAAGCCAUGAUUGCCUUGCUACCUCAGAAUCAUAGACACAGUUUUGGUUUUGUGGUUUGUAAACUUGUUUAAAACAAUUGUGAUCACUUACAGAACCACAAUAACCUGGUUUAGAAUUCUAAGCUUUAGCUUACUGUAUUGGAGUACACCACAACGAGGAGCUACCAAGUUAAAAAAAGAGUUCCUAUUACUGUACCACAAUGGGUCUGUGGCAUGCUGAAGCCACCAGUUAUGACGAGUAUUACUUCAUCUGUUGGUUUUUCCACUGGCCUUCUAGCACUGGUCCCUCACUGCGUUGUGUUGUUGUGCUAUAUUCUAUCCUGUAAAACUUGUGAGACUGAACAACACUACUAUAACCUCCUCUGACUGUUGACUAAUGUGUUAAUGAUUACAAUCAUGAUGAACCGUACCAUAGCAGAACUGUGUCGCUUCUCCUGAGGUAUGUAAAAUAGAUCGACAACACUACGUGUAUAAUGGCUAUAUGUUUUAUUCUAAAUAAAAAUUUUAUAACAAGUA